AUGGGCAAAAGACCGAUCAGAACAUGUGGCAGCGAUCAAGUUGAUACGGCCCUCUCUCCUUCAAAUUCCAUCUACUGGACUGGGGCCUGCGACCGUGGUAGAGACCUGGUCCAGUGUCCCUUGAAACCGUCACCGUCGCCAGUGUCAUAUUCCAUCUUCCAAUGCCGCAGCAGCAACAAUGGGGGAACACCCUCUACCUAG